AAAAAGUGCAUGGCUUUCAUAAAGAAUACAAUUGAGAACGCUAUAGUGGGCUCAAUUACAGAGUGUACUUCCGCUGGGGAGUACCUAGAAAAGAUAAAGAGCCAGUUCACUGGUUCUUCAAAGACAUAUGCAACCCAGCUGUUGAAGCAGCUGGUGACAGAAAAGUAUACUGGAGGUGCACAUGGCAUCAGGGAGCACAUCCUCAGGAUGAGCAACAUGGCUGCAAAGCUGAAGCCCAUGGAUGCUGACCUGGAGCUGAAGCCUGCACUUCUGGUUCACUUGGUGAUGGCUUCAUUGCCACAACAGUUUGAAAAUUUUGUCAUCAAUUACAACAUGAGUCCUGAGAAAUGGGACAUUGAAAAGACCAUUGCCAUGUGUGUGCAAGAGGAGGAUAGACUCAAGGCACAGAAUGGAGGUACCAUCAAUUAUGUGAAGGACAACAAGAAAAGGCCCUUCACACCAAGCAACAAUGGUUCUCCUUCAAAGCAAUAUGGUAAAGCCCCAAUGCAGCAUCAGCAGAAGUUCCAGCCCAGGCCAUUGCCAGUGAACAAAGAUCAGUGUCUUCACUGUCGAAGACCGGGCACUACAAGAAAGACUCGCCUCGCUUUUACGAAAGAAUUAAUGGCAAAGAAAGGGAUUCCAUUCGAUGAGGACUACGAAAAGAGGCGAAGGAUGCGUUGA